AUGACAGAAGUUGUUGAACGUUGUCUGACAGAACGUCAGAUGUUAUUAGCUAUAAACAAUGUUGAGCGAAUAUUUAUCGGCACUAUUGUGCCAAUACUGAUCAUUUUUGGGAUCAGCGGUAAUAUUCUGAACUUGACUGUACUGCUGACUCCUACGAUGAGAACGAGGUAAGC